CUGUUUGUAUUCUUUCUAAGGUGAACGAGGUCAAAUGGUAUAUUGGUAACAAACACCUCGAACCUAUGGGACAUGGCGCCCCAGCAGCCCGACUAGAAAACUCACCGCUGCAGUCAUAUGUCUGCCUUGGUAAAAUUUCGGAGCUGAGCGAGGAGCAAAGGCAAAAACAUGACGUGAAGUGGGAUGCCGUCAAAAACCGAGAGGUUGGGAUCCAAUGCUUGCUCGCAGCUGAAUAUGGGGCUCAUAACGUGUAAGUCAAUCGUCAGGGCAAGGUCCGUGAGUGAACAGAAUUAGCCUGAUCGAGGCGACGAGUAAUUGGAUUCUGCAUGAGCUACGUGUUCGAGAGGGCGGUCGCAUAAAGAGAGGCCACCCGUGAUAUCGGAC